GUGCUUUCAUUGGGAGCACGCUUACCAUUACUGAGUUGGUCAAGAUGAAUGCAACUGCUCUAAUUUCCCUUUUAAAUUCAUGUAUUAGCAAGAUUUUAAAAGGAUCUUUGGAAAAAGACAAAAUUGAUGGAUCACAGUUGAAUGCAACGGCUUCCACAAGCACUGAGCGGAAAUCUGAAGAAAAUUCCUACUUUUUCGUUCUCUUCGUGAUGUUCUUCUAUUCAUUCCUGGCAUUUACCAUUUUCUUGGGACACCUGCGGGCAAAGAAAAAGAAAUCCCAGGCAGACCCUUUUGAGGAAUUUAUGAAUGAGAAAGAAAGCAAAAAUGAAUUUCCAUUCCAAAGUGGAUCUGCAUUCAAAUUUGACUCUGAAGAGGUGAUACCCAAAGAUCAAAAUGGGGCCGGAGAUGUACACCCACAUUUCUGUUGGGAAUUGUGCUGGACAUCAUCUUGGUAAAGGGACUUGUGCACCCACUUAACGACUGCUGUCAAGAUGCAGAUUAGGGAGGCGAUGACGCAAAUCAGAAUGCAAUGCUGAUUAGAUGCCAAUGCAGCCAUGUUCAGACACCACAAUCCAACACUGUCUCAACCUCCCACAGCUGAAUAUAAUGCUAAAUGGAAAGAAGGAUCUAUCACCCGCACUAUUUAAAGGAAUCAUGAACUGCUUACAAGUUAGUUGCUGGAUAAUUUCUUCUCUGCUGGUGCAAUUGUAUGUUUUUUUUAAUAUUUCCUGUAUUUUAU